UUAAAGCUAUUGUCUAAUAAUUAUAGUAUCUGAAGAAAGUAUGCAUUGAUGAUGAACCUUUUUUAUAUCUUAUUACAUAAUUACAGUAUACAAAUUGUAUACAUAUAUUUAUUAUUUUGUAUCAUCAAAUGCCUUAACACUGAUCUUCUGACAUGCAAUUACCUUUAAUUAAAGUAUAAAAAACAAACUGUUCCGUAUAAAAACUGACACAAAUUUAAGAAAUUUUUUAUUUUCUUAUUUAAUGGUCAUUAAUUAUCUAAGGUCAUGUAAUAUGGACCACACAAAAGUUUCUGGCCCUCCACUGACUAGUUCAAGCUCUAGCUCAACAGUUGUACAAACAUAUGAUGACGAUAGCAGUAGCCAUAUUUACUAUAUUGUUAUGGAAAGACUUGUUAAUAAAUUGAACAACAUUGAGCAUGAACUUAAAUGUGCUUGGAGGAUUUUAGAUAUCUUGAAUCAAGAAUGUAUAAAAAUGUGGGAGAGACUUGAAAAACUUGAGAGUUUUCUCUAUGAACAGCAAAAUAUUAUUACACAGCUUGUCAAUACUAACAUGGUUAUGAAUCAUAAAAAUCAAACUACCACUUUAAAUAAAGAAAUAACUUCACAUCAGACUGAAAAAUGGGAGCUCAAUUCAAUUGAAAAAAACUUUCAACUUGUCAUAGAUGAGAAUGAAAUAAAUGUUUUCAGUCAAAAGUCAGUCGAGGAAAAAUAUUCCAAUGAUGACAGAAUAUCUAAGAAUGUAGUUGCAUCAACAGUACCUGCUACUGAUUUGCAAGGUAAAACGUUAUCCAUCAACACAUUUGAACUUUUAGAGGAAACAAUGAUGCCAAAUGAAGCAUUUUACCGCAGUUUAAAUAAAGCUUACCGUGAAGAUUUCAUCUGUACCGAUAUUCAAAGGCCACUCUCACAAUUAGGAAUGAUUUGGGAAGAGGUUGAAGACACUGAUGACCAUAAUAAUGAUAAUACUGCUAAAAAUAUUUGUAAAAAUGAGUUUGAUAGUGAUAAAAGUGUCCAAUGUUGUGAAAAAUCAUCUCAAUCCUCGAAAAAAUACAAUCCCUCUGAUCUUACCAGAAGAAAAAAAAUUGAAGCUGAAAAAGGUGAGAUAUUUAGUGCUGAUGAUUAUAAAUCAUACCGUGGCAAUACUCCAUGCAUUAGUGAACAGGACUUAGCUCAACUAACAAGACUAAGUACUAUUGAUAAUGUUUUUUUUAAUGAUAUAAAAGGAGUCAAUAGACUAAAUAGUGAUUGGAUAAGCGUGUCCGAAGGUUUUGUAACACCUAAUUCUAGAGAACCAGAUCUUUUAAAAAGUCAAAGUUUACUUGAUCUUAAAUUAAAACUAUCGGAUGAUUCUAACAACAUUGAUGAACAAUUAAAAAAAGUUAUUACAGAGACAGAUAUUGAUUCAUGGACAUUUUCUAAAAGCCCCAGUUUAACAGGAAGAUCAAUAUCAAGAAUAAGUACAGACAGUGGUCUUAUGACUGAUGGAGACGUUACAAUGCAAUCAUUAUCACCCAGACUUAAUUCUGCAUCAAAAACUAACUUUGAUACAGUAUCAUUGACGUUUAAUAACUCGCAAAUGAACAUAAGCUGCUUUCCAGCAAAGUUAUUUGAGCCAGAAAUCGAUGUACCAAUUGAUGUGGGCAAAUUUGCUAAAGGAUAUGCUGAAAACAAAGAGCUUACUGAUCUUAUGGUAGAAAGCUUAGUACCUGAAAUGAGUAUGACACCUAAUAUUCAAAACCUACAGAUAGAUCAGACUAUUUCUUCAAUUAUGCCAAUUGAUGGUAAUACCAGUAGUAAGAAUGUAAGCUUUUUUACUGAGGACGAUUUCAAAACCCCUUCUAAAUUAAAUACUAGUUUUAAUGGAAACAAAACCUUACAAUAUUCUACACCAGCCUCUCCUCCAUCUCCAGCACCUAUCGAUUUAAGUAAGAACUGUUAUACAAUAACAAACAAUAAUGAACUUAUAUUUCCUGCAACUACUGUAAAACAUCUUGCGAAUGGUGCGAAUAAUAUCGAAGUAUUGAGGUCUGACUUUGUUAGUUCUUUAUCAAAAGAUUGGAAUAGUUAUGAUAAAUCUCCUACUUUAUCUAAAAAGUCAGUGCUGAUAGUUUCACCCUUAAAUAACCUAAAUUUUACAAAAUUACCAGUUUUGUCUACAGAUGCACUAUCAGCAAUAAAAAUGACUGCUAGACAACCCAAAUCAUCUAUGAUAGUUCAAGAGCCCGUAUAUGACAUGCCUGAAGGAAAUGACUUGUUAAUGUAUCCUACCUCUAACACAGCAAAUAAUGUUUCUAAGAGAACUCAUAUAUCUGCAUCCUUGGAUACAGAAAAAAAAAUUCCAUCAUCUGUGCACUCAGUAGCUAUCAGUAAUAAAGAAAGCACUUCUACAAACUUAACAACAACUUGUUUAAAUGCUUUUGAUAAAGAAAUGAAUGCUAAGAACCCAGAUUAUAAAGAUCAGUUAAUUUCAAAUGAAAGUAGUAAAAAAUUGCCAAAAGCAGUUUAUACCAACGAUAUUGACUGUGUUAUUCCAGUAGAGGCAAUCCGCAAAAUAGGACAUGCUAAUAAGGAUAAGGAAAUUAAAGAUAAUUAUAACAUACUUGCGUGUAAAACAAUGUUUCCAACAAACUACAUUACUGAUGCGUUGUCAUAUUAUCCAAUAAGCGCAAGUCUUGUAGAAGUUAAGUCAAACAAUAAGAUUUUGAGUGAUAAUAAUAACACCGAUUGUUCCGAUACUCUUGAAUCGAAUCCUCAAGUUUUAGUAAUAGAGACAAACCAUUCGGCCAAAACAUCUCAUGAAAAGCCUUAUUUACGAUCCCAAUCGAAUAUAGUUCCUGAAAAUAAUGGUAUGGCACAGCUUAUCCAGAGUCCACAAGAAAAUCAUCUAAUCAAUAAUGAACAUAAAAAUUUUUUAUCUAAGAGUACAGAGUUAGAAGGUAAUGGAUCAAGACAAAAAAAAAUGAAGUACGAUCAGAAUUUAUCAACUAUUAUUAACAAUUAUGAAAAUCUUGCAGAAUCACUUGAUGCAACAAGCGUAAUUGUCUCCCAAUCUGGUUAUAUUAGUAUUUCAUCGCACAUAAAAGAACAUCAAAGUGAUUCUCUAAAGAUAACAAAAAAAAUAAAAAGAGGUUCUUCUUUAAGAAAUGCAAUGAACUCAAUGAGUAAUUGGUUACCAGACUUUUACUCUGGUAAAAGACUUAGAAGUUAUUCUUUACCUGAAGAAAUACCAACUAGUGUUUCAGAGAUAUAUUCAAAUGAUGUAGAUAAGCAACGUAGAUCAGAAAGUUUUAUGAAAAUUGACAGAAGGGAGAAUUAUGUUAGUAAAAAAAAACAGAAACAUAAAUUAGUCUCAACGGUAUCUGGAAUCUUACAAAAAACUAAAAAAAAAAAUAAUCAAUUCCGUUGUUACUCCGAUCCCGAAAAUUCAGAAACAGAUUGGAGUGGAAGUUUACAAAGUGUACUAUCAGAAGAUGAAAACUCUUCAGACAUUAUUCAAGAGUCCAAUAUUUUUCCAAAAAAAAAUCUGACUACAUCUGUGAGACACCAUUUUUCAAAGAUUCAUAACCAAAAAAAAGAGCUUCAAAGCAAUAUCUCACAAAAUACAUUGAAUCAUCAUAGUUCUUUCCAAGAAAAAAGUGAACAUCAAAAUCAGUUUAACAUAGAAAAUAGACAAGAAAAAGCUCGUGAGAAAAGUGAGCAUUUUGUUAAUGAAAAAGUAUUACAACAUCAAUCUCAAACGGUUGAAGAGAAAAAUGAAGAUACAGUUGUUGACAUUAUGGAUCAGUCAAAUUCUAUAUUUGCAACAGUUGGUGAUAUAAAAAAGAUUAAUGAAAGCUCAGAUGAAUCAGCAUUUGAAAAGCUGACAAAAUCUUCGGUUACAGUUUCAGGUAGUUCUAAUAUGGAGUUUGCUGUAUCUCGAGCUUUAGGUAAAUAUCGGCAAAGGCAGUAUUCAACUAUAUCUGAUGAGCAGUUGGAUGAUUUUUGUAUAGAAAAGAAUAUGGAAAAAGACUCCUGUCAAAUGUUCAGAAAAACGUAUCAGGAGUUAGAUAAUAUUGACAAACAACAAUUUUUUAAAAAAACUGCACACGUUUCAAAGCUUCCUGAGCUUGUAACAAGUGUUAAGGAACAGAUUCCUGCAGAAGAAGCUCCUUCAACAUUAGGCACAAAGGUAUAUGCACAAAAUGGUCGAUUCGUACCUAGGCAUCAACAAUCUCUUGAAAUUCCUGUGUCGAGUUCUCGUAGUGGCGAUAAUGAUGAAGACAGUAAAAGCAAUCAUUCAUAUAGAAGUACAUCUCGUGUGUCAUCUCGCCGGCAAAGUACAGAGGAUUCCAUUGAUUCUGAAGAUGAAUGGUACUGUUACGAACUAAGAAAGCUCGAAGAAAUAGAAAGACAAUCAGAUUUCACGGUGGAAACUGAUACAUGUAAUAUCUUUAUAGAAGGAGCUAAUGAGUCCAUGUUAUAUCAUCCUGAUGAAAACGUUAAAGAAAAAAUGAUGUUAGUUAUGAAUGAAUUAAAGCUAAAAACAAACAAGUUUUCCAUGCAAGAUAGUGAAAUUAACACAGAAAUCAACAGCAGUGGUAGAAUGGAUAAAAUAAAUAGUAUUAAAUCCAAAAUCGAAUGCACAACGGUAACGAAAUCGAACAACGUGAUGGAGUCUAUUUUUGCAAGAGUAACUGAUUACCAGUCAUGGGCUUACGAAGAAGAUAAGAAGUAUGAAAAACAAGAAAUUUUUACUGAAGAGCCCACAUCUGGUGAAACUUCUGGGCCAGAUAGUCCAAUACAAUCUUUCCCAGAAUUAGAAGAAGGAGAAAAUGAAGACAAACACCAGCAGUUCGAAAGGAACUUGCAUCAAUUAAAUUUUCCAAAGGAUAAUUUUUCAAAAAAUGCAUUUUUAGAAUCCAUUCCAAAUACCACUACCCAAAAUGAUAAGAGUUUUAAUAGUGUUGAAGAUUCAAUUUUUUUUGACAAAUUGUUUUCAAACGAAAAAUUGUAUGAAAAUCAACAGAAAGAAGGUCUUGUAAAAAGUUACGAUGUAAUGGAGUCAGAAAUAGUAAAAUCUUUUACUCAUACGUCUGAGAGCCUUGGUGAAAACUUAGUAAGUUCCAGCCCCCCAGGUUCUCGGUGGAAACUUCUCAAAGCCCUUAAAGAAAGGAAGGCUGAAGAAAAAUUAAAGGAAGUUGAAGAAGCAGCUAAAGAAUCAAGUAUAAGUGUACCCUUACGUCCAGUUAAUGGAGGUGGAGCUAGUACAGAUAGCAUGGGGCGUGCAAGCGGGCAUACGGGAGAAAUAACGUUUUACAGCAACAUUGACAGUAUGCCAGACAUCCGACCUCGAAGAAAGUCAGUACCAUUAGUUUCAGAAUUGGUUCUUAAGACAAUGGCUGCAACGAAGAGAAAUGCUGGAUUAUCAGCAGUUACACGCGCAACAUUAAAUGAUGAGGAGCUGAAAAUGCAUGUUUACAAGAAGACCUUACAAGCUAUGAUAUAUCCUAUUUCUUCAACAACGCCGCACAAUUUCAUCACGUGGACUGCAACAUCUCCUACAUAUUGUUAUGAAUGCGAAGGACUUUUGUGGGGUAUUGCCCGUCAAGGCGUUAGAUGUGUUGAAUGUGGAGUAAAAUGUCAUGAAAAAUGUAAAGACCUUCUCAAUGCUGAUUGUUUGCAAAGAGCUGCAGAAAAAAGUUCUAAACAUGGAGCAGAAGACAAAGCUAACAGUAUAAUAACAGCAAUGAAAGAGAGAAUGAAACACAGAGAACGAGAAAAACCAGAAAUUUUUGAACUCAUACGGGUAGUGUUUGAGAUUCAGCCAUCAAACGAGAUCAACUUAAGCAAUUUUAUCACUGUUGUAGUCAACAAAAAGAGGUGCAAAGCAAAGUCCAAACCAAUGACUUUCUCUUAA